AAGAGCAGCAGGAGGAGGGGGCGGAGGGCGGCCCGGCGGUCCCGCCCCGAGGAGCGGCCGAGGCCCGUGGCGGAGCUGUCCCCGGCGGCCCCGCAGAUGUUCCCCGUCCCCCUCCUCCUGCCCCUGCUCCUCGCCCCCGGCAGCGCCGCGGCCGCCCCGGGGGUCACAGCCCGCACGCUCGCUCCCUGCUACUCGGCCGACCUGCGCCCGGCCGCGGGCAGCCUGGUGUCGGCCGUGGGCUGCACCGUGCUGCUGACGGCCCCCGAGCUGCGGGGCAGCAGGGCCGUGUCCUGGGAGUACCGAGCGGGCUCGGAGGAGGGGGUCAUCCUCAGCUACGGCUUCCGUCACCCCCCCAACGUGUCCCGGCUCUACGAGAACCGUGCCACAUUCAACGAGUCCAGCCUGUCGCUGCAGGUGGUGCUGCAGCAAGGGGACAGCCGCCUCUACCGCCUCAGGGCCCAGGAGGAGGCCACGACCUGGUUCCAUCUGCACGUUGUGGAGCCGCUCUCCGAGCCACAAAUUGUGGGCAACUCCUUGGUGAAGGCAGGAGGCAGCACCAAACUGGUUUGCAACGUGGUGCAAGGGAAGGCAGAUGCCUACUGGUGGAAGAAAAAUGGGGAGCUGCUCGUGGGAAAUGAGCGCAUCCGUUUUGUGGAGAACACCACGCUCUGCAUCGUGCGGGUGUCCAUCAGCGACAGCGGCUACUACACCUGCGUGGUGAGCAACGCCGUGAGCCAGAAUGAGACCUCCUUCCUGCUCAAGGUCCACCACUCUACCAACGUGGUGCUGCCUGUGGUCCUGACCUGUGUCAUCUUCGGCGUGCUCGCAGGUGUCAUCUUCUGGUGCCAGAGAAGGGAGAACUCAUGUGGCAAGUGUUGGUAGAGCUGGGUCAGCCCUGCUGUUGCCCUUCCCUGGUGACCCUGGUGAUGGAUGCUGCUGGGAGUGCCAGGUAUUCCCUCCCAUCCCAGCCUCUCCUGGGCUCACCUGUGAAAUGUUCAAGCUGCCAGAACUAGCAAAUAUUUUUUUGGAAAACACUGGUUUGGACUAUUUCUGUGUUGUCCUGCUCUUCCUGUUGUGCAUCCCUGGGGAGAGGGAUGUACCUGCUCCCUCCCUCCAUCCUCCUGGCUUCUUCCAGAUGCCUCGAUGGGCUCUUGGCUCUGGAAAGAGCCACUGUCCCCGCUGGGCCAAUCCACAGUCCUGGGGCUGCUGGGAGGUGCUGCAGUGCCAGCCCUGCCUCCCCGGGGCCUCCCCGUGUCCUGCUGUGCCAGGGGUUUGCCAGGGGGCUCGGGGGCUGAGGCUCUGGGCAUCCUGCUCCGUGUGACCCUUGGAGGGAGGAGAAAGGGCAGGAUUGUGCUGGGUGUGCAGCUGGAGGGAGCGGAGGCAGCGGGAGCUGGCAGGGAAUGGGGGAGCAGCAAAGGAGUUCAGUUUCUGAAAGCAGAUCCCAAGGAAAUCCCUGCAGCUGGCUCAGGUGGGGAUGCUCCCGAGCCCAUCUCCAGCCCUGGGCUCUGCAGGGUCUGGGGAUAUCCCUGGGGACAUUCCCUCCUCUCCCCAGCACCAGUGCUGGUGCCAGCUUGUCCUUCCCAUUUGCUGCUCCUGCGGGUGACAUUGGCCUUGGCCUGCUGGAUACAGGGAGCCCUGCUCCUGUCCCCUCCUGUCCUCUCCCUCCCUGUGCUGCCUUGGCAGGGCUUUCCUAGAUUGCUGUGAAGGGGAUCUUACUCCUUCAGCUGAGCCUGGAGGCAGAGCAGGCAUCCCCAGCCUGGAGAGACCUGGAUGCUAUCCCAGGUGCUGGACCCCACUGUUGGUCACCCCAAGACAUUUGCACCCCCUUUUAAUCUGAGGGGGAAAUCCCUGGUCCAGGGCCCUCCCUGAGCCAGUCCCCAGCACCUCUGGAGCAGGCUGGAGACCUCUCAAAGGCAAACUGGAAAAUUGUAGGAGAGAUCACCGGGAGAUUCAGGGGCUGUUAGCAAGGGGCUGUCUCAGCCUUGGGUUUUGUGGAACCUUUAAAGGAAGCAGAGGAGUUUGGGUGGAAUAAAUGAGAUUCCAACCCUGUUGGAAGCUGCAGGGCAGGUUGUCAUGUUCUCUGUUGCACUUGAGGGUGUAAGACGUAGGCACAUGUUUUACAAGAAAUACUUUUCUAAGUGUUUUGGGGAGUUGUCUGUGACUGGUUUUGGAGACUUUGUAUUUUGUUGAUGUCUGUUGCUGCUAAUAAAGAGUGUGUGUUA